CAUUGGCUGAGGACUCGCAUCUGCCUCUUCCCUGAAAAAACGGCAGAUCAUUUAAAGUCGGUUCGCAUCGUUUGAAACUUGUGAAACUGAGUCUGGACUAAACCAGGAGCAGCUUCUCAAACCAGAGUCUUCAUCGCCCUCAGUGACCAGGAAGGAAUCAUGGUUUUCCAUAAGGAGUUCCAGAAUGCAGGCAAGGAGCCUGGUCUGCAGAUUUGGAGGAUAGAGAAGAUGGAUCUGAAACCUGUCCCCAAACAGCUCCAAGGAAACUUCUUCACUGGAGAUGCCUAUGUUGUCCUUUACACCACUUCUGCUCCAUCUUACAAUGUCCACAUGUGGUUGGGUAAUGAGUGCUCUCAGGAUGAAGGUGGAGCUGCUGCCAUCUUUGCUAUGCAGCUGGAUGAUCAUCUGGGUGGAGCACCAGUCCAGUACCGUGAGGUUCAGAACAAUGAAUCUGUCACCUUCCUUGGCUACUUUAAAACUGGAAUUAAGUACAAGCAAGGUGGUGUGGCCUCUGGGUUCCAGCAUGUAGUGACUAAUGACAUGAAUGUGAAGCGUCUGCUUCACAUUAAGGGAAGACGUGCCAUUCGUGCCACAGAAGUGAAUAUGUCUUGGGCCAGCUUCAAUCGCGGAGACUGCUUCAUCGUUGAUCUCGGCAAGGACAUCUACCAAUGGUGUGGGAGUGAGUGCAACCGUUUUGAGCGGUUGAAAGCCUCUGAGGUGGCUAUUGGCAUUCGUGAUAAUGAGAGAAAUGGGCGUGCCAGUCUGGAAAUGGUUGAGGAUGGUGCUGAGCCACAGGCUGUCCUCGCUGCUCUUGGGCCCAAGCCCAACAUCCCAGCAGGAAGUCCUGACGAUGAGACGACUGAUAGAAGCAAUCAGAAAAAGGGCACACUCUACAUGGUAUCUGAUGCUGCAGGCUCUAUGAAGACAUCUCUGGUGGCCCAGAGUAGCCCUUUCAAACAAGAAAUGCUCACUCCCACUGAGUGCUACAUCCUGGACAAUGGAGUGGACAGCAAGAUCUUUCUUUGGAAAGGACCAAAUGCAAACACUGAAGAACGUAAGGCAGCCAUGAAGGUAGCUGAGCAGUUUAUAAAAGACAAAAACUACCCCAAAAACACACAGAUCCAGGUUAUGCCUGCCGGAGGCGAGACCACACUGUUCAAGCAGUUCUUCAGUAACUGGAAGGAUAAGGAUCAAACCACAGGUCCAGGCCAGGCCUACAGCAUUGGCCGCAUUGCCAAAGUUUCACAGGUUCCCUUUGAUGCCUCCAGUUUGCACUCCAACAAAACAAUGGCUGCCCAGCAUGGAAUGGUGGAUGACGGAUCUGGCAAGGUCCAGAUAUGGCGCGUAGAGGGUGGGGAUAAAGUUCCUGUGGACCCUUCCAGCUAUGGGCAGUUCUAUGGAGGAGACUGUUACUUGAUUCUCUACACCUAUCGCCAGGGAAGCAGAGAACAACACAUUAUCUACACCUGGCAAGGACUAAAGUGUACACAAGAUGAGCUGGCUGCUUCAGCUUUUCUAACAGUCAAGCUGGAUGAUUCCAUGGGAGGUUCGCCUGUCCAGGUACGUGUCACUCAAGGCCAGGAGCCAGCUCAUUUGAUGAGUCUGUUCAAGGGGAAACCCAUGAUCAUCCACAUCGGUGGGACUUCACGUAAAGGUGGUCAGAGUCAGACUGGCAGUACGCGCCUCUUCCAUAUCCGCCAGAGCUCCACCUGUGCAACACGCGCUGUGGAGGUGGAACCCACUGCAUCUCAACUGAACACUAAUGAUGUGUUUGUGCUGAAGAGUCCUGGCGGCCUGUUUAAGUGGAAAGGAGUGGCCGCUUCAGAGGAAGAAAUGGCUGCUGCUAAAUACGCCUGCAGCUUCCUUGGAGGCAGUGCAACAGAAAUUUCAGAGGGCAAAGAGCCGGCUGGGUUUUGGUCAGCUUUGGGUGGAAAGAAGGACUAUCAAACCUCUAAAAGUCUGCAGAAGACUGUUAAACCUCCACGUCUCUUUGGAUGCUCCAACAAGACUGGACGUCUAAUCGCUGAGGAAGUGCCUGGAGAUUUCACUCAGUCUGAUUUGGCCACUGAUGAUGUCAUGCUUCUGGAUACCUGGGAACAGGUCUUUGUUUGGAUUGGUAAUGACGCCAACGAGGUAGAGCGGAAUGGAGCAGAUAAAAUAGCCAAAGAUUAUGUGGAUUCUGACCCCUCUGGACGCCGUGGCACCCCGGUCAUCACUAUAAAGCAAGGCUUUGAGCCCCCAACCUUCACUGGCUGGUUCCAGGCUUGGGACGCGAAGAUGUGGGACACAGACCCACUGGAUCGCAUCCGUGCUCGUUUCUAAA